AUGGCCUCCGCCAACUGCGCGCGGUGCCUCACCAGGCCCACGACUGCGGCCGCACCUCGUAUUCUCUCGCAGCGCAUAGUCCCUCUUAUCACCUCUUACGCUGCCGCCGGUCCGUCUGCCAGCGCCGCAUCUUUCUCAACCUCGUCUGCCGAUGCCGCCGCCGUUCGCAAGGUCACGUACUGGGGAAAGCAUAUCCGUCGUGGCAAGGUCAACCAAAACGCGAAGAAGAAGCGGGACAACGUAAGAGUUAAGAAGCCCGCCCCCGGAGAGCGCAAGGCCUUCCGCAAGCGCAUUACACUCAGCAACAACAAUGCGCUUCUUGUCGAGGGUCUCCAGGAUGCAUCCAAAGAGACCUUUUCCUCGAUCGAGGCUCAGGGUAGUGUGGUUGGUCUGCCAGACCAAUUGGUAGACCAACUCAGGUCUCUUGAGGCGUUUAAGACGACUCAGUGCUGGGGCCUUUUUAGGAGGCCACACGUGCUUGUGCGAGAGGAGACAGUUAAACUGGCCAAGAGAAUGGACAAUGCCGUCAAGGAGAGACAGACGCUUAGAAUGGUCUUGACGGGUGACAAGAUUUCUGGCAAGAGCAUUCUACUGCUGCAGGCCAUGGCUCAUUCCCUAUUGAACAACUGGGUUGUCAUCAAUAUUCCCGAAGCCCAGGAUCUUACCAACGCCAACACGGAUUACAGCCCGGUCGCCAACAGCAAGCCCCUCCAGUUUUACCAGCCUACCUACUGCUUUGAUCUUCUCCAGCACAUCAUGAAGGCCAACGGACCCGUUCUGAAGCAGUACAAGGCGUCCAAGGAAUAUCCCGAGCUUCUUCACGUACCUAAGGACGGCACUCUCUAUGAUAUCGCCAACUCGGCAAAGGAGCCCGAGUUCGCCUGGCCCGCCUUCCAAGCUCUCUGGUCUGAGCUCACUACCACUCCUGGCGGCCCCCCUGUCCUCCUCGGCCUCGACGGUCUCUCGCACAUCAUGAAGGUAUCUGCCUACCGAGACCCUUCCUUCAACCUCGUGCACUCGCAUGAUCUCUCCCUCGUGCGCCUCUUCGUCGACGCCCUUAGCGGCAAGACGCCCCUCGCUAACGGCGGUGCCAUCAUUGCCGCUACGAGCCGAAGCAACGCACCGCGUUCACCUUCCAUGGACCUUGCUCUCGCGCAGUCCGCCGCCGCCGCAGCGGACCUGCAUGUGCCCACCCCGGACCCCUAUAAGAAGGGUUAUGACGACCGUGUCUACGAGGCAGUCCGCGGUGUCGAGGCGUUCAAUGUCAGUGGCAUCAGCCGCGACGAUGCCCGCUCCAUUAUGGAGUACUGGGCUGCCAGCGGCCUCCUGCGCGCGCGUGUUGACGCGGGCUCUGUGUCCGAGAAGUGGACCGUUGCCGGCGGUGGCAUUAUCGGCGAGCUCGAGCGAGCAAGCUUGCUCAACUCGCGUGUGCUGCAAUAUUGA